CUUCGAAUUCAAUACGAAAACCCUGAGGAAAAAGAAAAUCUUUGAAUGAGCCGAAGAAACAGCCUAAACUUGCAUGCAUAGCCAAAGCAAGCCCAUCACUAUCGCGCACCUCUCUCUCCCUGUCUCUCACCUCGCCACGCCAUUGAAGCCCCGGCAUCAAGCAAUCUUCAAUUUCAAAACCCCAGUGUCUCAUAUAAUCCAUCUAUAGUUUCUGAUCCUUUGUCAGCUAUGGCUUUUUUUUCCGUAAUUUGAAAAGCCACACACUCCUUGUAUAGAACAAUCCCUGAGAGGAAGACACAGCGCGUUUCUUUCCGGAAAUGCCAAGCGUAGCUGUGAAGCUCUAUAGCGUCUUCUUCAAGUUCCUCUUGAAGCACCGGCUGCAAAAUCGGAUCCAGUCUUCUCCCGAAGAGUCCGACCCAUUCGGAGUCACCUCCCGCCCCGAGGAGACCAUUGCCGCCGCUAACCCUUCGUUCACCGACGGCAUCGCCACCAAGGACAUCCACAUAGACCCCUUCACCUCCCUCUCAAUCCGUAUAUUCCUCCCGGAAUCCGCUCUAAACGCACCCGAGACCGGCUCGAAAUCGCACCACCACCACCCUCCCAGAUCCAAAUCCCAUCUCCCCAUCGCAAAACGCCCCGGAUCCGAUUCAGAUCUCGAUAUCGGUCCAGGUUCGCCCCAACUCGACUCAUCCAAUUCUCACUAUUACUCUUUGCGCCGGAACAGCUAUGGCCAUCCCAACAUUCCCAGCAACCCUAAGGAAGAGCCUAGAAGGAAUAGCCACGGUUCCGCCAAUGACAUGGACGGUUUGAAUUUGAUGUCGAGCUCUGGCGGAGGAGUUUACAGAGGGUACUCUCCGUUGCCGGAGAAUCGUCGUAAAUUACCGGUGAUAUUGCAAUUUCAUGGUGGCGGUUGGGUCAGUGGGAGCAAUGAUUCAGUGGCCAACGAUUUCUUUUGCCGGCGAAUCGCAAAGCUCUUGGAUGUGAUCAUUGUGGCAGUGGGGUACCGGCUUGCGCCGGAGAAUCGUUACCCGGCGGCAUUCGAGGAUGGUGUGAAGGUAUUGAAUUGGUUGGGGAAGCAGGCGAAUUUGGCCGAGUGUAGUAAGUCGAUGGGGAAUGUGCGGGGCGGCGGGGGUAGCGGUGGCGAGUUUAAGAAGUCUCAUAUUGUGGACACGUUUGGGGCGUCGAUGGUCGAGCCAUGGUUGGCAGCGCACGCAGAUCCAUCGAGAUGUGUUCUCCUUGGUGUGAGUUGUGGUGCAAAUAUUGCAGAUUAUGUGGCUCGGAAAGCUGUAGAGGCGGGCAGGCUUCUGGAUCCUGUCAAAGUGGUUGCUCAGGUCCUUAUGUACCCAUUCUUCAUUGGAAGUGUCCCCACACAUUCCGAGAUAAAGUUAGCAAAUUCCUACUUCUAUGACAAGGCUAUGUGCACACUUGCAUGGAAAUUAUUCUUACCAGAGGAAGAGUUUAGUCUGGACCACCCAGCUGCCAACCCUCUUAUCCCAGGACGGGGGCCUCCUUUGAAGCUCAUGCCUCCAACGUUAACAGUAGUGGCAGAACAUGACUGGAUGAGAGAUCGAGCCAUUGCUUACUCAGAGGAGUUACGGAAGGUAAAUGUCGACGCUCCUGUUCUUGAGUACAAGGAUGCAGUUCAUGAAUUCGCGACCCUUGACAUGCUUCUCAAGACUCCACUGGCUCAAGCCUGUGCCGAGGACAUUGCCAUCUGGGUCAAGAAAUACAUUUCACUUCGAGGUCACGAGUUCUCUUAUUAAGUAGGAUACAAGAAAAUUGAGGUUUACAUUGCAGCAAGAUGAACAUUUUCCUGUGAGCGUGUUCUGUUGGAAGAUGAGCUCGUGAUAUCAUACAACGCAUCCACUACUUGGGGAUUAUGAUAUAUUGCAUAGGUUAUAUAUGGCUCCUAAGAUGCUGGGUGGUUAUUAGUUUCAGGUUUAUUCCUUUUCCUCUUCUCUUUUUUUUGUAAGAUAGAGAAACUGUCUGAGAGUAGGAUUUAGUUCAACAAACGAACGCCACAUUUGGACGUUCUUGUCAAAAUUUUCCUGUGAAUUAUGAUGUGCUGUCGCAAUCAAUAGACUUCAAUUGUUCAAUGCAAUGAAUAUAUUAUGAAA